AAAUCAUAAAGCUAACAGUAGAUAUUAUAUUAGAGAAAUAGCUCUACAACUACAAAACUGUUUCUUGUUAAAAAGCAAUGCCCUUGAACUUGAUGGGAACUAUUGUAGUACUCCAUCGAGAUUCACUUUCUAAACAGUACUCGUGGGAGUGCCACAGUGGCUUCUCCUCGUCUGGUAGCGUCAGGAACAGGUUCUCCGAGAUCAGAAGAGGCCAACAACGGAAGUCAACGGUGGAGAGACGGGGACAAUGGCAAGCCGAUCGAAAUCAAGGUCGAGUGAAACAGAAAGGACCGUAUGAUGGGGGUCUUUACAAACAAGCCACACCUUAUUUCUUCACCAACUUCCCAGAGUACUGGACUUAUGCAGAUAUGUGGAGAACUUACUUGCAAUUUGGGAGGGUGUAUGAUAUUUACAGCCCGAACGGGAGAAGUAGGAAUGGAAGCAGGUAUGAUGUUGAAAAGAACAAAAGCAAGGAGAAAAGAAUCAACGGUGAAGAGACAUCACAGGUGCAAGUUCACAAUUAUGAUGAGGCCAUGGAAGGAAAAAAUAGUGGAGGAAGGGUGUCACAGAAUCAAAACAGAAGUUAUGCUGAGGUGCGUCCUUGGACACCAGAAACGGUUGCUAAUAAGAGAUUUGUAUGGAUAAGAUGCCAAGGGACACCUUUGAAUGUCUGGGGAGUUGAUUUCUUCCAAAAAAUGGGCAGCUCAUGGGGGAAAUUCAUUUGCUUAGAUGAUAGUACAAGCAAAAAGAAGAGAUUCGACAUUGCCAGAUUUUUAAUAUCCACUCCAAUAUCAAACUCGAUUUCAGUCAUGAGACAAAUCAAGAUUAAUGGGAUCAUUUACAGUAUUAAAUUCACAGAGGAAGAGUUCACUAAUAGCUUCUUUUCCUUGAAGCAAGAUUUUAUGCCCUCAUUCCAAAGCGAUUCAGAGGAACAGGAGAAAUGGUCAACCGAGAGUGACAUGGAAGAGCAAAAAUCCAAAAAUGCAGGGGAAGAGUUGCAGGUUGAAGCCGAGGGUUUUCAGGAAGAAGAUGAUGACGUGUUGAGAAGUUAUGGGGAGAAAGAGAGAACGGCUCAAAGUCAAAGCAGACAGGAAAUUCAGAAGUCAGCAAAAAUAGUGGAAGACAACCUGGAACAAAUUCAAACUUUGAAUGAAGUGGGAAGAAAUGUAGAGGCAGAGUCGGUGACCAAAAAGCAAGGGGUUUUGGCAUCAUCAACGAGGCCCGAAGAUGAGAAUGGGGCUGAAUUGGGCUUUAAGAAGAAUGAUCAAUCAUGCAAGAAGCCCAUGAGACACGAAGAAAGUUUAAAGUGUGAUGAAUCUACUAAUAUGGGCUUGGCCCAAGGUAGCCUGUGGGUAAAAAACUCAAAAGCAAAGGGUAUAAUGGAUUUUUGCAGAGACAAAGGCACUGCAGAGGAUAAUACCGAGGAUGAAGAUGCAGAUCUGGUCUGGAAAGGAUACAAGAGUGAAAAUGGAAGCAUGCAAAAAGGGAUGAAUAAGCAAAGAGAAGGAAACCUCAAAAGGAAGGGGAGGCAGGAGCUUGCAAAGCAAUUGGGGGCAACAACGGAGGAUGAGGAGGAGAUAAUUCGAAGGAUUGAAGAGAUGGAGAGUAGAGACAGACAAGGAAAGGUGACCACGGGAAACCAAGAGGAAGUUGGAAGCAAGAAGAUUAGAGAAAUGGUUUUGAAGGAAAGAAUAGAUUUUUUAGCAAUUCAGGAGACGAAACUGGAGAUUGUUGAUAGAAGCUUAUGCCGAAGGGUAUGGGGGUCAGUGAACCUAGAUUGGGUAUCAAAACCUUCUAACGGCUUAUCAGGUGGCUUGUUGUGCAUCUGGAAUUCUAAUGUAUUUAAAAAGAAAGAUGUAUUAGAAGGGGAUAAUUUUAUUGGGGUGUUUGGAGUAUGGGGGGAGGAGGAAACACCAGUGCACAUAUUAAACAUAUACUCCCCUUGCCAAUUAAUGGGAAAGAGAGCUUUAUGGGAGGAGCUGUAUAACCUGAUUAGAAGCACAAAAGGUUGUUGGUGCUUGACAGGAGAUUAUAAUUCAGUUAGAAGAGCAAAGGAAAGGGCAGGGUGCAAAGGGGUGUCCAAAGAAAUGAAGGAAUUUGAUGAGUUUAUUCUGAGAACUGAAUUGAUUGACUUGCCUUUGCUGGGAAAGAAGUUUACUUGGUACAAUUUCAAUGGUCAACAGAUGAGUAUAAUAGAUAGAUUCCUGGUUUUAGAAGACUGGAUUUCUAAAUGGAGUGAUAUUAAGCAGUCGGGGUUGAAGAGAACAGUAUCAGAUCACUGUCCAAUCCUAUUGAAGAAUGAAAAGGUAGAUUGGGGUCCAAAACCUUUUAAAUUCUUCAAUAGUUGGUUGGAACAACCAGGGUGUAAAGAGGUAAUUAGAAACUCGUGGAACUCCACAGAAGUAAAGGGGUGGAGUGGCUUUAUACUUAAAGAAAAACUGCAAAGAACAAAGAAAGCCCUAAAGGAGUGGAGUGCUAAGUCGGUGACAGAGAUGGAUAGAAGAAUAAAGGAAGCUGAAAAUGUGAUAGCCGUGAUGGAUGAGAAAGGAGAGAACAACCAAUUAUCCACAUAUGAGAUUGAAAUGAGGAGAAAAGAAAGAUGGAAGAGACCAAAGCUAGAUGGGGUUAGCUUUAAGCAAGUAUCACAAGCGGAUAACGAGCUUCUCACGAGAGUAUUUUCAGAAGAGGAAGUUAAAGAAGCAAUUUGGGAUUGUGAUUCUUCCAAAUCUUCAGGCCCAGAUGGAUUCAACUUCAGAUUCAUUAAAGAGAUGUGGGAAGAUAUAAAGCCGGAGGUAGUUGCUUUCAUUCAGGAGUUCCACAAACAUGGUAGAAUUGUUCGUGGAUCCAAUGCAUCCUUCAUUGUGUUAAUCCCAAAGAUAGAAAACCCCCAAAGAAUUGAAGAGUAUAGGCCCAUUUCACUUAUAGGGGUCAUAUACAAGAUCAUAGCAAAGCUGUUAGCGAACAGGUUGCGAAAGGUGUUACCCAAGGUCAUCGGGGAGCAGCAAAUGGCAUUUAUUGGGGGUAGACAAUUAGUGGAUGGUGUUAUCAUUGCAAAUGAAGCCAUUGAUGAGGUCAAAAGGAAGAAGAAGAAUUGCUUCAUAUUUAAAGUAGACUUUGAGAAAGCUUAUGACAAAUGCCUAAGCUCAAGUUUGAUUUCUGUUCUAAUUAAUGGUAGUCCAACAAAUCAAUUCUCAGUUAGCAAAGGCAUACGACAAGGAGACCCGCUAUCACCAUUUCUCUUCUUGAUAGUGGCAGAAGGGUUGAAUAGUUUAGGAUGCUGCAGGUUUAACACAAUGGAGAUCUGGGUUUUAGAUCUGGGUUCCAGCGAUGUGCAGGAUGAGAGAGGAGGAGAAAAACCUAGAUCUGGGGGGGCGGAGGAGAGGAAAAUAAAUUGGGUAAGUUGGGGGGAUGUAUGCAAAAGUAAAGUUAAUGGAGGGUUGGGAGUGAGAGAAUUGAGGAAGUUUAAUUUGGCAUUGAUGGGGAAAUGGUGGGGGCGUUUAGCAAAAGUAGAUGAGGGACUAUGGAAGAAAAUAAUUACAAUGAAAUCUGGAUGGCUGUCGGAGGGCUUUAGAAUGAAAAUUGGGGAAGGAAAAUCAGCCAGCUUUUGGUGGGAUAAUUGGGGAGGGGAGGGAUGCCUUGCUAAUAAAUUUCCUAGGCUGUAUCUUCUGUCAACAGGGAAGGAGAAUACAUGCAAUCAAAUGGGCAACAUAAGGAGUGGAUCAUGGGAAUGGAAGCUAACAUGGAGAAGAAAUCUAUUCGAAUGGGAAGCUGGAGAGGUCGUGGAACUCGAAAGAAUGAUAGAGGGCGUCAAGAUUACUCAAGAAUGCCCCAACAAAUGGGAAUGGAUUCACGACAAGGAGGGACACUACACAACAAAAACAGCGUACCACCUAUUAGCAACUGAUCAAAGCGGACCAAGUGGAUCUACAAUAUUCAAAAGAAUAUGGAACCCAAUUCUCCCGACCAAAGUAUCAGCAUUCAACUGGCAACUAAUGUUGGAUAGAAUACCAACCAAGGUGAAUCUGCUGAGAAGAGGGAUAAUUAAAGACAUGGAAGAGAGCAAGUGUGUUAUAUGUGAAGAACAAGAAGAGGACUCAGCACAUCUAUUUUUAAGGUGCAAGAUGACCCGAUGGCUGUGGGAGGCAUGCACCAAAUGGUGGGGGGCCGAGGCAAAACUAGACAUCGACUGUUCGAAGACUUUUGAAAAAUUUGGAGAAUGGAGCAAAGAGACACAAACCAGACAAGGAUGGGACUGCAUAUGGAGUAUGGUUGUGUUGACUGUGUGGCUUGCUCGCAAUCAGAAGUUAUUUCAACACAAAAAGAUAAAUGCGAGGAAGCUGUUUGAACUAAUUCAACUGAGGUCUUUCAUAUGGGUUAAAGCAAGAAAUGACAGGUAUGCCUUUACUUUAUUUGAUUGGCUACUUAAUCUUAUUGAAUGCAUGAAAGAUAGAUGUGGAAGAGGGAAAGUCAUCAAUGGAAGGGUCGGUUGUAAAGUAAUGAUCUCUUGAUUGUCUUCCUAGUAGUGUAAAAUGGGUUGAGUACCCCUUGUACUCAUUUCAAUAAUAAAUAGUCUUUGCUGUU